UUCAAUUGAGCGAAGUAUUAUUUAGUAUCUAAACAGUUCAGUAUGCAAACAUUUUAGUGUCAGUACCAUUUCUGUAUAAAUAGAGCUUUUAACUUUUUAUAGCUCUUGUUGACUUUAUUUUGGUUUUAAUAAAUGGAUAGUGAAUCUAAAUAUCUACUCAAAAAGGUUGUCAUAGACGUUUUGUGUUUGUGUACUGUUGGCUUCCCGAUAUUGUUCUUCUAUCUUUUUGGAAAACCUUUUAAACGAGGUUUUUUCUGUGAUGAUGAAUCUUUAAAGCAUCCUUUCAAAGAGUCUACUGUACCUUCUGCAGCAUUAUAUGUUGUAGGAUUAUUUUUACCCAUCUGUUCGAUGAUGCUGAUAGAAUUCAUCCACGUCAGAGCGUCCAAUGGCCAAGCUGCCAGGGUGUUCCUGGGUCGUCCCAUACACCCGUGGCUGUGGAACUGCUACAAAGUGAUAGGCGUGUUUGGCUUUGGCGUGGCGUCCUCACACCUCAUCACGGACAUUGUCAAGUACAGCAUCGGGCGGCUGCGGCCCCACUUCUUUGACGUCUGCAGGCCUCUGGUAGAUUGCAACGACGCCAGCAACAAGCAGUUGUACAUUGAACAUUUCCAGUGUAAUUCAACUAACAUGCAGCUCCUAAAGGAAAUGAGGCUGUCUUUUCCUUCUGGUCAUUCAUCUUUCUCGGCUUUCACCAUGGUGUACUUUGCAAUGUACCUGCAAGCUCGCAUGACGUGGAGAGGUUCCGAGCUGCUGCGGCCCUUCGUGCAGUUCGUGUCCUUGCUGCUGUCCAUCGGCACGGCGGUCUCCCGUGUAUCAGACUACAAGCACCACUGGAGUGACGUGCUGGCGGGAUUCACUAACGGCACUAUCUCCGCCAUCAUCACAGCAGUGUUUGUGUCCGACCUGUUCGCUAGAAGAAAUGGAGGCCUGGCUGUUGCAACUGAAAUUGAGACAGAGCCUUCAUCACAGUAUAGAGAUAGUGGGAACAAUCACAUUAUUUAGUUGAAGUUUGAAGUCUGCAGUAUUAAAAUUAUUAUUGUAUAGCAUUUCCAUAAAAAAGACUUCACAGUUGACUACUACAAAAAUGCAAAAUCUUUUAUUUACUUUGUCGAUACUUUUGUAUCCAUGUUCAUCAACGGUAGCUUAUAACUUAGAAUAGUUAAAGUAUCAAUUUAUUAUAUUUUGUAAGUAAAUAUUUAAAACUAUAAAAAUUUUAAUUUUAUAAUCUAAUAGUUACAAGAAGUAUACUGUAACUUUUUACUAAAGAAAAGAACCAAAGAAAUAUUUAAAAUAUUUGCAGUUUUUAAAUUACUUCUUUUUCAAAGUUUUAUGUUAAUGUGUACUAUUUGGUACAUCAUUUAGUGAUUGCCAUCAUAUGAAACGCAGUUUAAAUGUUCAUCUUUAUGUAUGUACAGUAAAACCCUCAUAAGAAAAUCCCACAUAAGAAUAUUUCCUGUAUAAUAAAAUAUAGCACUAGACCUAUAAAUACUACAUACAAUUUUAUCCUCUUUAAUAAGUUUUCCCUCGCAACAAGUCUAAUUUUUUAAGUACCUUGAGGAAUUUCUUAGUUGGGUGUUACAGUAUAAUAAUGUUUUCCAGCUAAUACCCAUUAUCAGCUGAUUUCCUUAGCUGUAUUUGAUGACAGAACUAUUAUCCAUUUCACAUAAAGACAGUAAAUUUGUCAGGCUCCUAGUUCUGUUAAACAACAUGUAGGCUGGGUAUGUAAUAAUGGUAGUGAGUACAAAAAAUAGUUGUACCUGAAAUUUUUAUAUUUUAACUAAAUGGUGAUUACACAAUUCUGUUUAAAUGUGUGUAUUCUAUGUAUUAUAAUACAUGUUUAUAUGUAUGAUUUUCUCAGUUUUAUAUUAAUGACUAAAUAGUCAAUAAUAAUUCCUGCAGAGCAUAAGUAUGUGGUAAUCAUAGGAAACAUUGUUUUCAAAAGUUGUUUGUAUAGCCAUUUUAAGUGCCAUGUAUUCUUGACCACCUUUAUUGUUUUAUCAUAAUCUUUUAUAAAGUGGGUAUGAUACUAUGUAAGUAUCUUCGGAAGAUUCUUUGCUGGCGGGGAAUGUUUUAGAGAGGUUUUAUUUGUACUGGCCUUUGUCAUCUGAAUUUUGGUUUUUUUAUACAUGUUUUUGUGUAAAAGGUUUCCUACUGGGUUAAAAAUGGAGCUAAUAGGCUGAUUUUUUUCUGAUGCUUGUACUGAUAAAAGAUGUGUUUGAAGUGAUCUCUUUUUUUAAUAUUGAAGAAUGGGAUUUAUUAGAAACUGAGAAAGUUUAUCAUUAGUGUUAAUGAAUAUGUUUUUACUUAAGUAAAAAAUAUUUAUCACUACAAUAAUGAGCAUACAUAAACCAGCACUGCAGUAGCUGUCAGUGAAGAAUUGUAUAAGAAUUGUAAUGGUUAUUUCAUAGAAACUUCCAAACAGGCUUUGUCAUUAGUUCUGGUAGAAGUUUUACUGGAGCUUGUGAAGUGAGUGCUAUUCAAGAAAACAUGCAUGUUACAAAAAAAGUAAAUUAUUUUAGAAUGAGAGCAGUAAUGGAAUGGGCUUCCCUUGUGCAGAAGGCUGCAGCAACAUAGGGCUUUGUAACUAAAACAAAUUUUUGAUAGUAAUGAAAAAAAGUAGAGUACAGAGCCAAUGACAGUUCAAGAAUUACUCACUGAUUACGGGUGAAUUCAUGCUUCUCAUUAAGAGAUGUUGAAAGUGCAACAUUAAAGAGUUCAAGGCUGUAUAUUAUUUUAACAAUAAUAAUAAUUUAUAUAAGAAAAAUGGCACCUAAUAUGUACAUACAUUGUAUCUUCUCGCAGUGCCGUGCUUAGUGGGGGGGUUGGGGGGGUUUUCUCCCCCCACACAAAUCGACAGAGGGGGCAAAAUUUUCUAUAGGAGGCGAAAAAUUAAGGAGGUAUGUACAUAUGGCUAUCUUUUUUAUUUCUUUUCAUAAUAAAUUUGAUAAUUAAUUAGUUUUGUAAAACUGUUUCAUUUAAUGUAAUAACUGAUAAAGUAAUCAUUGUAAGCACUAAAAGUCAACAACCACCUCAUCUCAACAGAACAAAUACUAAUAUUAAUUACGUCUCUCUACAUCGUCACAUACGUAAUUCACCAUACUGGCAACUCUCACUUCCAACAACAGAGCGCAAGUCUGCAUCACACGUUGGGAAGGCCGACUUGCUCCAAUUCGCAAUCUCCGAAAAUCCCUGUCGAAAAUCAUUGAUGUUCUCAAGUGUAUCAAGUCAGAAAGUAAAGAUGGCAGUGAGAAAUGUGACUGUGAUGGUCUUUUGAGUCAUAUAUCAAAAUUUGAUUUCAUUGUGAUGCUUGUUAUAUGGGAAAACAUCCUAACGUUGCUGAAUAUAACAAGCAAAUACUUUCAAUUUCAAAAGGCAGAUUGUGAUAUUUUGACUGCAGCUGAUCUUCUCCAGUCUUCGACCAAGAAUAUACAGAAUAUGAGAGCAAAUGAGUUCAGCAGUUUCAUGGCUAAAGUCAUACAACUUGCAAGUAAAUUGGGAGUAUCCGUGCAACUCUCCGAAAAACGACAAAGAAGAAAGGUAUCAUUUUCGGAUGAGUUAACUAAAGAUGAGCCAAUUACAGACAAGAAUAAAGCUUUCGAAGUUAAUAUCUACAACAGAAUGUUGGACAGGAUCAUUGCAAGCUUUUCUGAAAGAUUUGAAGGCCUUAGAGACGUAGCAAACAUGUUUUCAUUCAUGUAUCCUUGCCGACUCAUGAAACUAAGUAGCAAUGAUUUACAGAAAUCCUGUCAACAGCUGACGAGACAUUACGAGCGGGACUUGGACAGUGGCCUCUAUUCCGAGCUUCUUUCUUUAAGAAACAUCCUGGCUGACAAACUUCCACCAAAAUAUAAACCCAAAGAUGUAAUUCAAAUAAUUGUAAACAAUGACUUGCAGGAAGCUUUUACAGAAUCCUUUACGGCAUAAAAAUUGUUAUUGACUAUUCCAGUUUCAAUAGCCUCAUGCGAAAGAAGUUUCAGCAAGCUGAAACUCAUCAAAAACUACUUGCAAUCCACCAUUGCCCAAGAACGGUUAUGUGGACUGGCAAUACUCUCAAUUGAAAGUGACAUUGCUCGCAACCUAUCUUUUGAUAGUUAUAGAGCAAUUUGCCGCUAAAGUGUGACAAAUGUGACGGCUGAGGAGGUGGGCGACAUGAAGGGUCCGGCCUAACAGCAUUCUGACAAUGUAACAGGGUGUUUAAAAAUAUAGAACAGCCAAGUGAAGAAGUGCGCCGUAGUUUUUUAUAGCUUCAUAAUACAUAUAACAAACUAAUAAUUAAACUAAAUUUAAGCAUGAAUAACCCGAAACUGGAUAAUCUGUACCUUGAUAAUUGAGAGUUUACUGUACUUUAAUAUUGUUCUUAAUUAUUCUGGAAUGUUUAUACCCUCCUGUUUUGCCAUUACUUUACUGUCUUACUCAAUCAGAAUACUUGAGUUAGAACAUGACAGUUUCCUUUGUAGUUCUGUAAAAGUUGGGAUGGUGUUAUUCGACUACGUGCUGUGAGCAGUAGUGAAAUUUUUCCUCUGUUGUUGUCAUGUUGGGUUGUAUUCUUUUUACUUGUCAACUAAUUCCAGAUAGUUGUUGAGUGCAUAUUGUGAAGGUACAAUGGCACCUUAUUUAAUUGGAAAAUAUACAAUAAUUCAUGCUGAAAUAAUUAAAUAAAUAAGGUAUUUCCCUUCCCAAUUCCUCAAAAUGAUAAAAAUAAUCAGUUAGGGUAUAAAUGGUGUACGUACAGUCAAUUUAUGUAAGUUAAUGAUCUUCAGGUUUGAUAUGCUUUUUUCUGUUGCACUUUAGUCUGAUUUAUUUUAUUUGAAGAUUUAAAAAGAAGCUAGUAACAGUAAGAUAUCCUGUUAUUAUGAAUAUCACAGAACUUGCACUAUUUAAAAUGGCUUUUUAAAAAUUUAUGGCAAGCUGAUAGUAUGUUAUUUCCAAUUCAUAUGCUGAGCAUAAAUUUUGGAAUAUUUGAAUGGCUAAGAGUUGAGUUUCAUAUUACUUGUUAUUGGCUUUUUCAUGGAAGAAGCCAUUUGAGACUUACCAUUGACAUCUCAAAGUUUUCUGUUCUUCCAAGCGUCAUACCUCUCAAAUUUUGGUAGUUAAGUGUCUGGUAUUAAUUUUCUUAGCUAAAGUAAAAAUCACUCUUAAGUAGUUUGUUUAUCUGUUGGAAAAGUUGUUCAGCUCUGUUAUCAAUAUACAACAGAGUAGUUGUUCUUCCCCAGUAGUUUCUCAAAUUCCUGCUAUUGGAUACUCAUGAGUUUUUUUCUCUUCAGAAGUUAUAUGAGCUGUUAGAAUAUAUGAGACAUCUGUAGCUGUAGUAUUUCUUCUUGUCACCACUCUAGCUUCCUCUUUUUGUACAUGUGGCGACUGCACCGUUGUCUUGGACUGUGUUGGGGGUAAUUGCUUCUGCCAAGCAUUCGUUUGUUCAGUUCAUCUAACAUUCCUAUACAUUUUUCUCUCGUUUGGAUGCUUUGAUGAUAAACAUACAUUCAUUUAAAAGUAAUGUGAGUAAACUAUUCAAAUUAAAUUAAUUUUAGUUCCUGCUACAUUUUCUCUUGAAAUUAUUAAUCGGUGAUAUAUUGACUAUAGAGAAAAUUUAGUUAUUGAGUAAAAUUUCAGUUACAGUUACUUUAAAAGGCCCACCAGGGAUAGAUUUGUUGAAGUGGGUAAAAUAUUGUUUACAGUAUCAAUUUUAUUUUACUAGUUAAUUUUAUAAGAAUACUAGACUGCUAUAGUUUUAUUAAAAUAAAUUGAAUAAAUAAUGAAAAUAAUAUAUUUUUGUAAUUUUUUAGAAGUUCUUUCAAUAAUUUGUAUACCAUUGAAAUGAAAUAGUCUCUGGUUGCUGUAGUACAAAGUCCAAAUUUAGUAGAUAUUUGUGUCAUAAUCUGUUGCACUGCACUCACUAUUACAUUGCCUGGGUCAGCGAGAAGAAGUUCGAAACUGAAUUCAUGGAAUUGUUUAUUUAAUAUGUAUUUUGGUUUUUGCAGAUGUUGAACCAAAAAAAAUAUGUUUAAUUUUAUAUUCCUUGAUAUCUUACUUAAACUAAUAGAUUUUUCUAAAGCUUUUUUGUAGUUUCAUGGCUAAUUCCUUUUAAGUGUUAGACUGUGAGGCUAAUUUGGCAGUGAUAGAAUGUGAGGUCUGACAACCUUUUCUGUUAAACAAACUACGUGUAGCGAUGGGUCGGUUCCUUGUUUACCGAUUCAGAUCUUGGUUCAUAUUCUCUAACUGCAUUGAUUUUAUAAAAGUACAUUAAUAAUUACUUAUUUGCUACCAUUUUCAUGAGUUGAGAGCCCCGUGUUGUGACUUCUGUAUUUGUAAUUGGUUAGAAGUAGCUGAGUUGUGAGUAGUUUAAUAUUUUAACAAGGUAUUCUUUAUCCAUGCAUCAAUAAAACUUCAAUUAUUUUUAAUGUGUAAAUAUGAAACUUAGUGUUAUGAUUAUUAAAAUGAAAAAAAAAAAAUUGAGUUUUCAAGAUGAAAGAAAAAAAAUCUUAUAUAAUUGAAAUCUGGAAUACAAGUUGAAACUCAAAUACAAAAUUCUUUAAAAUACUAGACAUUGUACUGUAUUUAUAGCAAUCAUUUUAUUCUAAAGCUAUUGCUAUUAGUCUCGUGUUUGAGUUGGAAAUUGUCAUACUGUAUUUGUCUUAAGCUUAUGGCAGUGUUACAUGUAAGAUGGUCAUACAUUUUUGAUUAUCUUAUAUUUAGAGUUGAUGGUUUCCAAUGUUUAUACUUUCAUUGUGAUUGCUGAUAAAAAAAAAAUCUGGGCAUCUUAGAGGUAGAAAAUUAACCAAACACGUCUCUAAUUCCAUGCUAAAGCUUACAGUUGUUUAGUGACAUUAUGAUUAUUUCUCUUGGUGUGCAAUAAAAAAAAGCAUUUAAUAUUUUUUUAUGGACUUAAGGAAGCUCUUGUAAUAUUAAAAUUUAUUUUAUAUUUUGAUACUCUUUUGAAGUUAGUAUCUGAACUUCUAGAUGUUUAAGAAGAUUUCUUCUAGUAGUAAAGAACGUCAUGUUACUGUUUGCUACACAAGAAGAUUGUGUUCCAUUUUCCAAGUCUUCGAGGUGUCAAUAGAGCAUGGAAUGCCAGUUAACUUAUUACACUAUCACACGUACAUAUAUUUUAUAUUUAAAUAUUAAAAACAAACAAGGAUCUAACUGAGGCACCAAAUUUUAAGUAUAUUUAGAAUAUGGAUUAACAGUUCAAUUAAAGUAACAUUAAAAACGUGAUUUAAAUACCUUUAAAAAGUUUAGAUGGAUAUUAACUAUUCAAAGUGUUUAUUCGUUUGUGAUAGGAACAUAUGUAGUUGCCUACAACUUUGCUCCACAUUGUAACUGCAGAGACGUUUUUCUCGUAGUCACCCAAAUGAACGUGUUUUAUGCUUAUCGUAGCCUUAUGUAGGAAUGUGCUUUGCACAGGAAGUGAUUUAUGAUGAUAUCUGCAUGAUUAUCAUAGUGAAUAUUAAAUACUAACAUCACAAAGCAUGUCAAUACAACACUGAAAUGCAAGUUAUUUCACCAUUUAGCACCAAAAUGUCAUUAAAGACAUGAAAUCAAUCAGCAGUUUGAUAAAACUUAAACCACAAAAAUGUUAUAUUUUACUACCAUAAAUUCAUUGAAUUUAGAUCAUGGCUUUUGUACAAAAUGUAUAAACUAAAUGUAUAAAAUAAUUAUGUUGUUUGAUCUUGCAUUUUACAUUAAUCAUGUUUGCUCAUUUUUCAAACCCUCAAAACUAUGCAGAUUAGUUUUUAUUUUUCUGAGUAGUCCUUUUCUAGACAUGCUUAUUUAAAAUUAUUUUAUUUUAUUUUACUAUUGAGAAUAUUUUGGUGGAAUAAGGGUUAAAAAUAUUUUAAUUUCAUAUUUGUUAAAUAAUAAACUUUUUAUAUGAAUAAACACAAUGUAAUGACAAUAACACCGAAAUCUCCUGUUUUAAAAACAAAAUUGACCUAAAAAUAAAACCAUAAUGCAGAUGACACAUAUCCCAACUGAUUGUUGGGUUUGAAAACCUGUGAAUACAUUCAAAAAACUUAGAUUCCCUUAGAAAGUCUUAAUUAUUUUCAAUACAAUAUUGUUUUAGUUGGCUGCCUAAGAAAUGUUUCUGUUUGGGUUUGGAAGACACUAAAAUGCACAAUUCCAUACAUUUUUAUAACUGUAUGGAAUUGUGCAUUUUAGUGCUGUGUACAUAUCAUAACUAAAAAGUUUUAAAAAAAUCUAUUGAUAUGCAGUUAGUUUAUAUGCAAUUAAAAAAUCUAUUGUAGUGAAAUGUUAUUUUAUCAUGCCUUAAAGUACCUCAGGGUUCUGUCCAUAGAAAUAUUGCGUUUCAUUUUAAACUUUUAAACUUAUGGUUUUUUUUAAAAAAAAAAUUACUAAACAGGGAUUCCAAUUAAUUGUAUACUCAUCUAUAAUUAUUAAAAUAUGCCUAACAUUAAAUAAUUUACACUGCCUGUUUAGUAUUUACUGAUUUCCAUGUGUAUUAUUGGUGAAUGUAAGAUAUUUUUUUGAACUUUAAGUAUUAAAUGUGAUAAGUCACAUUUAUGUUAACAAUCGUACAGCUUAUUUGUGACUGUCAAAAGAUUUCUUUUGUACCAAACACUUCAGUCAGUCCUGUUUCUAUAUUACUGCCAUCUAAAGUCCUGCAUAUGUUUUCUUGUAUGUUGCUUGUUAAAUGAGUGUUUUAAGUAGUUUGUUGCAGUGUGAGCGUGGCUGGCUGGCUGAACAAGCUUGUCAACACUUGCUAAUUGUACCAUUGUACAUUGUACAGUGUACCUUGUAGUUCAUUGUGUGUAUUGGGUUAGUUGAUAUUGGUUUCUGAAUGCCUGCAAGUUGAGUCCUUACCCAAAAAACAAAUGUGUUAAAAAAUUCUCCCAGAAAAUGUUUUGUAAGGUAAUUAGUAAGCCACUGAAUGCCAUUAGGAAAAUAUUAAGAAAUGUCUCAAAGAACUUUAUCUCUUUAUUUCUUGGAUAGUAUUUUAAAUAUUCAAAAUGCUAUUAAAUGCUAAAUUUCAAAAGUAAAAUGCGAAAAAAAAAAAAAAAAAAA